GGUCCCCGAGCCCGGGCCGGCACCGGCUCACGCUCCCCCUCUCCCCCGCAGACGGACGACGACGUGCAGGCACUGCUGCGACGCUUCUACGCCCUGCAGGGCGAGCGGGUGGAAGCCUAUCGUCUCUUCGAGGAGGGGCACCAGGCGUACCUGAGCAGCGGGCCGCACUACGACUUCCUGCGCUACCGCCAACUGGUGCAUGAGAUCACGCUGGCCUUCAGCGGCAUCUCCAGGGAGAUCCUGCAGAUCAAGGGGCGGCUGGAGGAGCAGCACGGGCGCCCGGAGCUCGCCCAGCACCUGGCCCGAGUCCAGCAGAAGGAGCAGGAGAAGCUGGAGCUGACGGCCCAGCUGCAGCUCGCCAAGCAGAACGCGCAGGACCAGCCCGGGGUGGAGGCUCAUCAGCAGGAGGUGCGGGAGCUGAAGCACAAGCUAAUUAAAACCAUUGAGGCAAUCAGCGAAAUUCUCCAGGACCUCAAGUACGAUUCGGAAGAAGCUGAGUGAUGGGUCUCCCCGUGGGAAUGGCUGCGGGAGGCGGGGAGCCGGAGCAGGAGGGGGGCGGCUGCGCAG